AUGAGGUUCGACUACCUGGAGCUGCUCCAUAACUCCAGUUUCUGCCUGGUGCCCCGGGGCCGACGUCUGGGAUCCUUCCGCUUCCUGGAGGCCCUGCAGGCUGCUUGUAUCCCGGUUAUUCUGAGCAACGGCUGGGAGCUUCCCUUCUCCGAGGUCAUCGACUGGAGGAAAGCCGCCAUCAUCGGGGAUGAGAGACUCCUGUUACAGGUUCCCUCCAUUACCCGGUCUGUGGGCCGUGACAGGAUCCUGGCCCUCCGCCAGCAGACUCAGUUCCUCUGGGACGCCUACUUUUCUUCUGUGACCAAAAUCAUCUUAACUACUCUGGAGAUCAUCCAUGACCGUGUGGACUCCCAUGUGUCCAGAAACCGCUUGUUGUGGAAUUCUCUACCUGGGGGUCUCUAUGCACUCCCCCAGUACUCCACCGACCCCGCCCAGUUCCCUUUUUAUUACGCCAUGCUGGGGAAGAGCCCGUUGCAGCAGUUCACAGCUGUGAUCCACGUGGUUACUCCUCUGCAGUCCCAGAUCUCCCCCGUGGUGAAGCUCAUCAUCGCUGUAGCCAAGUCCAGGUUCUGUGCACAGAUUGUGGUUUUAUGGAACUGCGACAAGCCUUUACCUCCUGGGAACAGGUGGCCCUCCACCAGCGUGCCUCUUACUGUCGUUGAAGGACAGACCAAGACGAUGAGCAGUCGGUUUUUCCCCCACGACGUCAUCCUCACUGAUGCCGUCCUCAGUCUGGAUGAGGACUCGGUUCUCUCGACAAACGAGGUGGAUUUUGCCUUUCUUGUAUGGCAGAGCUUUCCAGAGCGUAUCGUUGGUUAUCCAGCGAGGAGUCACUACUGGGAUAGUUCCAGAUCCCGAUGGGGCUACACCUCCAAAUGGACCAACGACUACUCCAUGGUCCUCACGGGGGCCGCGUUCUACCACAGAUACUACCACUACCUGUUCACCCGCUACGUCCCUGCCAGCCUGCUGACCAUGGUGGACCACAUGGCUAACUGUGAAGACAUCCUGAUGAACUUCCUGGUAUCGGCCGUUACCAAGCAGCCGCCGAUCAAAGUCACGCAGAAGAAACAGUACAAGGAGACCAUGAUGAGCCAGGGCUCCAAGUCGUCUCGGUGGGCCGACCCAGACCACUUCGCCCAGCGACAGACCUGCAUGAACGCCUUCAGCCGCUGGCUGGGCUUCAUGCCCCUGCUGCACUCCCAGAUGAGGCUGGACCCUGUGCUGUUCAGGGACCAGGUUUCCAUCCUGAGGAAGAAAUACAGGGACAUUGAAAAACUGUGAACGCGCAAGGACACACACACACACACACACACACACACCUAAUCACUGUGUGUGAUCCAGAGGCCGUGACAAGAAUCCACACCCUGGAUGGGAACAUUUGUGAGGCUAUAAAGGAAAACUCACACAUGGACACUGGACAUGAAAAUGAUAAAAACACUGAGGUACGCGUAAAGCAUUUAACUGCGUAUUUCUAUUUAAAAUAGAUUCUGUACAGGGGGUUGAUGGCAGUGAGUCACUGUGCAUUCCCGUCAUCUGAGACAAGAUACAUAAAUAUAAAUGCAUGGAGACACAUGCAGCAUAGACUUGGACACAUUCAAUACAGUCCUGAGCACAGACAGACAUGUGGUGCAUGGUUUGAACAUGACAGCUGUGCAAGGACCUGAAAAACGUGUUUGAAUAAUAAAAAAUAAAAAAAUGUGAGCGCUAUGUUCAUUACGGAAGUUGGACUGUUGGCAACUAAGCAGAAUAUAGAAUAUCGUUGGACAAAGGCUAGAUAGAUUUAUGGAUUAUAGAUUGUAUUCGUGAAGUCAAAGGACACACUCUGGAGUUAUGUAUGUAUAGUAAAGACACAUUGUGGACAGAAAAGACAAACUAGCAUUGGGGACGGGCAAACCCUGAGACCAUGGCAACAUGCCUCUUGUGUACUAUUGUAGAUUUUCAGCAGCAGUUUCUGUCUGUAUGAACAAAU